AAAUCAACAAAAGAAUUCUGUGAAGUUCUUAAUGAAUUUGAUGAGAGAUUUGGUGCAUCUUAUGAUAGAGAAAAGCAUCAUGAUAUUGAUUAUAUCAGAAUGGCUUUAUAUUCAUUCCCAACUCCUCCUUCAACUCCAUUGCAGUCAGAAUAUGAUUUUACGGAUUCUGAAGAGGAUCCAAAGUCUGAAUUAGAUUCUGAUUAUGAACCACCAAACCCUG